GCAGCACCCACCUGGAACUCUCCCAAGCCAUGGCCUCGGUCUCCGAGCUCACCUGCAUCUACUCGGCCCUGAUCCUGCACGACGAUGAGGUGACGGUCACAGAGGAUAAGAUCAAUGCCCUCAUUAAAGCAGCUGGUGUAAAUGUUGAACCUUUCUGGCCAGGUUUGUUUACAAAGGCUCUGGCCAACAUCAACAUCGGGAGCCUUCUCUGCAACGCAGGGGCUGGUGGACCUGCCCCAGCAGCUGGUACUGCACCAGCAGGAGGUCAUGACCCCUCUCCCACUGCUGCCCCAGCUGAGGAGAAGAAAGUGAAAGCAAAGAAAGAAGAAUCUGAGGAGAAUGAUGAUGACAUGGGCUUUGCUCUUUUUGACUAAACCUCUUUAUUAACACAUUCAAUAAAAGGCUGAGCUCUUAA